UAGAGCUGACUGCCGGGUCGAUUGGAUCUGAAAUUCGCGAAUGCGCGUCGUCGGGAUUGCUUGAUCAGGACUCUCCUGUAUUGUCGUAGUGAACGGGGACGAACUAGUGGGCGCAUUUUGCUUCAGACAGGCUGCAGAUUUCGAAGGAAGACAACGACGAAGGCUUCGUACGGUGCAGUUCCAGUUCGACAGUGUUCUGAAUGAGAAAUCAGCGUAGCAACUCCUGAAACAUCUAAACAUCCCGACUGGUGGCAAAAUGGUUUAGCAAGGUACAAGUUUGGACUCAGUUGACGUAUUUUCACCGGUGCAUUCUAACAGACGGAAGCUCUCACGCCUAAUUCGCCCAAAAAUGGAAAACGACAGUAUUGUAGCAGUGGAAUCCACCGACAACCGAACGGUGUCCAGAGACUGUCCCACUCGACUACCGACAAUUGUUGAAUACUUUAAUGGAUUAGACACCAUAGUUACUGUGAUCAUAGCCAUUACCAUCGUACUUAGCUUAGCAACGUUUGUGAUAUGUGGCAAAAACAUCCGGCAGGUGCUCCAGUACACGCCCAAGCGGUUCAAAUCCAAGACCAUCGUGGUGCUGAUUAUAUACCCGAUAGUGACAGCACUGGCGAUAGUAUCGACUCUCAUCCCCAAGUCAUACUUCAUAUGCGAUACGGCAUCGCAUAUCUACUUUAUGAUCUGCGCCUACGUGUUCUACAGCCUAAUUGUGGAAUAUGUCGACGGAGACGAGGCGUUCAUCCGUUCCAGUGACUCGCGAACCUUCAACGUCAGGACCCCUCCUUGCUGUUGCUGCUUGCCAUUUCUUCAUCGAUGCGCUGUUACCAAAAAUCGCCUUCUGCUCACGAGGCUUCUCGUACUGCAGCUUCCAAUCGUUCAAACUUUACUGUUCGUGGGAUUGAACGUCGUUUUCAUAGAAGAUAUCGAAAACUUCAACAGCAUCAUCCUCUAUUUUGUUCCGUUCAUCGUCCUGUCGAUUAUUCUUGGCGUAUGGGGAUUGAACAUAAUCGUUCGCAUGGUCAGUCCCCUGCACAGUGAAUUCAAAUUGAUGGGCAAGUACGUGGUUCUGCAAGCCGUUCUACUUCUUUGCAAAAUCCAACCGGUGGUCAUCAUGGGCAUUGUAACGUACGUCACUCCGUCGUGUGACUUUCCGUUGACGUUACAAGUACAAAAGAAUGCCGUAUUCCAAAUGUGCCUUUGCGUGGAAAUGCUGGUGCUCUCUCUGUGGGCGUUCACGUUGUACAAAACACCGAACAAGAACCAACAGCUGCUAGAAAAACCUCAACCGUCCUAAAGAUGCUGCGACUUCCAGAAUUACUUAAACAGAUUUUAAAGAUUCCUUGUGUAAACAUGAAUAGCAUUGAUUCAUACGAAUUCUUGUCGUGCCUAACUGUAGUGAUUGUAUGUGAUAAAAGAAAUAAACGUUAGGAUAAAUGAAAGACCCAAAA